GGAAUGUGCCCCGUAUGCGCAUGGGCGGAGAAACUGCCGCUGUGCGCUGUUAUUAUUGUAAGAGUAAAUUCUUCUUCUUUUUUUUUUUUAACGAAAAUGGCGUCUAGUCAGGGAGGUGUGGGAGCUGUCACGGCGCUACAAAGCCACCACUACUCCAGCGGACCCCCCUGGAGCCCGGGCAUCAGCCAGUACCAGCACCAGCAGCAGCACCACACGGCCCGCAGCCUGGACCGGGCUCUGGAGGAUGCCGGGUGCUCGGGGAUCCUGAACCUGAGCGGCAGGAAGCUGAGGGAGUACCCGGGUCUGAGCUACGAUCUGACCGAUACGACACAAGCAGAUUUGUCCAAGAAUCGUCUCACGGAAAUCCCACCAGAAGUGUGUCUGUUCGCCCCCCUCGAGUCACUCAGCCUCUACCACAACUGCAUCAAGUGCAUCCCAGAAGCCAUUAUCAAUCUGCAGAUGCUGACUUAUCUUGAUAUCAGCCGAAAUCUCCUGUCAGUUUUGCCAAAAUACUUGUUCAGCCUCCCCCUCAAAGUUCUACUGGUGAGCAACAACAAACUGGUGUCCCUCCCCGAGGAGAUCGGCAAGGCCAAAGAGUUGAUGGAACUGGAUGUGAGCUGUAAUGAGAUCCAGGUGCUGCCGGCUCAGGUGGGGAGGCUACAUGCCUUGCGAGAACUCAACAUCAGGAAGAAUUGUCUUCACAUGCUGCCUGAGGAGUUGGCUGACCUGCCCCUCAUCCAACUUAACUUUUCCUGCAAUAAGAUCACAGAGAUUCCUCCAGCUUACAGGAAACUCAGGCAGCUGCAGCACAUUAUCCUCGAUAACAACCCUAUGCAGUCUCCACCAGCACAGAUUUGUCUCAAGGGCAAAGUGCACAUAUUCAAGUACCUGAACAUCCAGGCGUGUAGGAUGGACAAGAAACCGGACACCUUGGACCUCCCCUCUCUCAGCAAACGUUGCCUUCCACAGCCGCUUACAGAUAGCAUGGAAGAUUUUUAUCCCAGUAAGAACCACGGGCCUGACUCUGGAAUUGGAAGUGACAAUGGUGACAAGAGGCUGUCUACUACUGAGCCUUCAGACGAUGACACUGUCAGCCUGCACUCUCAGGUCUCAGAGACAGCCCGUGCCGAUGCGCUUUCUCUUCUCUCUAAAAUGGAUUCCGUCAAAGAUCAGGAUCUCUAUGACUUUAUAGAUCCCAACCCGGAGGAGGACCCUGCUCUGUCAGAGUGUGACGGGCAGCAGAGCAGUCAUGUGUCUUGUAUCAAGGAACUGGAGAAAGUUCUUAAUAUGUCACACCAAAGCAAAGAUAAAGACGGCUGGAAAGAGGAGUCAGGCUCUGAUAAGGAGCAGCUAGUUGAGGAAGAGGAUGAUGAGCUAAAGGAAGUGCUGGAUCUGAGGAAGAUUGCUGUUCAGCUUUUGCAGCAGGAGCAGCAGAACAGACGACGGUCCUUAAUUUGCAGAGCGGAGAGUCUCAUUCACCGACGCAGAGUGACGGGCCGUGCUCACAGGUUCCUAAGUUACUCUGGAAGCUCAGGCAGCAAACCGAGGCCCCCUCCUCAGACCGCUCGCAGUGCUUCUCUGGAUGAAGGCAGUUGUGGGGCAUCAGUGCUGAGUGGACAGCCUUCUUCCUCCUGCUCAUUCGAUGGCAGCCUGAAGUCAGAUCAGUCGGAUUCGGAGCCAAAUUGGCCCGAAGUCCCACCGGUCCUCAAUCAGAAUGAAGAUCGCAGGAGGAACAAGUAUCUGAGAAAAGAUUAUCUGAAGUACAAGUGUCAGAGUGCUCGGAAAAACUCCAGUGGGAACGACGACUGUGAGGAGGGCUUGCGCAACGUUGAUUUCAGCACCACUCUGACUGUUUUUGGUUUAAAGCCAAGAUCAGCCUUCACCAAAGGAAGCCGCCAGGAGUACACCUCGACAGACCCCAGCUUCACUAUGAGGAGGAAGAUGGAGCACUUGAGAGAGGAAAUCGAGCAGAUAGGACUCUUACGGCAGAACAUGGAGUCCAGGCUGAAGGUGUUGCUCCCAGACGAUGUUGGAGCUGCUCUGAUGGAUGGGGUUGUCCUUUGCCAUUUAGCCAAUCACAUUUGUCCUCGGUCUGUUGCCAGCAUCCAUGUGCCGUCUCCCGCAGUGCCAAAGCUUAGCAUGGCUAAAUGCCGUAGGAAUGUGGAGAACUUCUUGGAUGCUUGUAAGAAGCUGGGUGUAACUCAGGACAAGCUGUGUCUGCCCCAUCACAUCCUAGAAGAGCGCGGCCUGGUGAAGGUGGGUGCGACUGUCCAGGCUCUGCUGGAUCUGCCCGCAUCCAAGCCCACACAACUGUCAGCCGUUUGAACCCGCAGUCAUCCAGCCCACCCUUCUCCCCAGCCCGAUCCCACACCCCGUAGCCGGGGACCAGAGAGCCCCUCGGGGCGAGGACCCAGCGGCUCGUGGGUCUCCGGGAGUUUGCUUCUGCCUGACUGAAACAGGAGACCGGAGGUCGAAGCGCCUCGGCCUCUUCCGCCGCCACACUUCCCGUGCAUCUCAUUUUCACUUGUAUCCUGUUCCAAGUUACUGGGGUCAUCCUGUAUGUGUGUGGACUAGCAAUGUGACUGUGUGCGUCCUGAGGGGAGACGUUGAAGACGUCCCUCUCAACACGCUCAGUGACUAUUGAGGCUGCAAGUGCCGAUGCUGACAACGUUUCCGCGCUGCUGUUGGAGACAUUGUCGGUAAGGAGAUGACAGACAUGUGACUCACUCUUUCACUGAAGAGACAUAUGCUGGCCACAAACCACUGACUGACCUCAAGGGGUUCUUACACUCUUGGGUUUCUCUUCUUUUUGUGGAAUUUAUUUUACCCCAUGAAAAUCAAUUUUUGAAUUUGAUAGUGUUGUUUUUUGUUUUUUUUAACAUUAGGUCCCUGCUGUAUCUGCUUUUCAGCAGCCAGACCUGAUUCCUAAGUUGUGUUGACUGUUUUGAGCUAUCACAUCUCCACUGCUUUUUUGAGGGAGAAAAGUGAGGUCUUACUGGAGGUCGUACAUCUGGAGACAUUCUGCCCGUUUUCCCUCAAACUCUGGUGUAGUUUGGUCAUAUUUAAACUACUGUACAAAUCAAUACUUGGUUUUCUCAAAACCAACCUGCAUGCCGUGAAAUUUGACCACUGUGAGAACACGUGCUAGGCUUGAGAAGCGCCACGGUCCUGUUUUGUAGGGUUUUUUUUCAUUGUACAUGCAAGGUUUCUGGUUUUUGAAAAUUAUUCUGUAUAACUUUUCUAAAGAUUUUAUACUUUCUUUCCAGUCAUUGCCAAUCAUCAAUUGCCAUUUUGUUCCCAGUUCAGAGCAUGUGUUUGCAAUGCAAGGACUUGACUGCUUUGCAUAACCUCUGAUGAAACAUGUUCAUGGUGUAUGUGUGUGUGUGUGUGUGUGUGUGUGUGUGUGUGUGUGUGUGUGUGUGUGUGUGUGUGUGUGUGUGUGUGUGUGUGUGUGUGUGUGUGUGUGUGUGUGUGUGUGUGUGUGUGUGUGUGUGUGUGUGCGCGCGCGUUUGUGGGUGGAGUCCUUCUACACACUGCCACCCUGCUGCCGUGUGUGUGGUUUCUGAUACAGUUCAUUGUUUCAGGGAAAGGAAAUUAUUUAUGUAUUUAUUCAUUACAUUUUUACGUUGUUGCUUCGAAUGUCUUAACCCUGAUCGCCAAUUCAGGUGUGGUGCAUCUGAACGUUUAGAUCUGAAAAUCUGAAAAUGACUGAAAGCAGCUGGAAGAGUAGCUCCUCUGAAUCAUCUGCAUAACACAUAUUGGCGUAACGUGACAGCUGUCACACUUAACAACACGCUAAACAAAUGUGUUUGCACCAUUUGUCAGUGGAGCCAACAGCAACAGGUAGCUGCUUAAAAUGUUGACAAAAGUUAUUAGGUUCUUAUUUAAGGAUUAUUAUUUCUGCAGAGCAAUAUCAAUCUUAUUGUCAGGCAAGCGCUGCGGUGCACCAUUCAUUUCAUGUUUAGGUCUCCAACAUGGGGGAAAAAACUAAAAUGAUAGUGGAAAUUAAAGUAAAGUAAAGCUUUAAAUCAAUAAAUAUCAAUAUCAGAAGUAAGAGUGGCAAUGAUGAUAGUCAAAGGUUUCCUGUGUUUUAAUGGUUUAUUUAACAUAUCGGGAUCAACAUUUGCCUGUGCACCUUUGAAGAGAAGCUGAGGACUCGUAUUGACCUCAUUGACGCUUCGGUCAUUCAAUGAAAUGACCUGUGGCUAUUAAAGGCUUUGCUAGACGUAAAACCCCAUGUUUAAAACAGAACGAUUAGAGUUGUAAUGUCUAGUGAAGACGAAGCUAAUCCUGAUGCAAAUAGUGCUUAAAGAGGACAACUAGUGCUUAAAGCCACUUCAACACCUUGGAAGUUCACAAAUACCAUGUUAAACAGCAUUGAAACAUCUCAAAACAUGACGCAUUGUGCCUUAAAUUGGGUGUAUUAUGAGUUUUUUUUCUGCAGUCUUAUGUGAUUACACUUUUGAGUUCAUGAAAUGCACCUGCCAUUAUUAAUUUUUUUUUUUUUUAAUCCACGAGUUAUAGUUUUCCUCCCUGUACUUAUUUUUUUUCGGAGGAGGCUUUAUAUUCUGUCAGAAUGAAGUUCGAUGUUGAAUAAAUCCAUGGUUUUCAGUGCAUAGACGACCAAAAUCUGA